AUGACAACACCGUCGGAAGGUUGCCAAGAGGCAGACUCCAAGAUAUCCGGCCUUGACAAGGGCGAACAUCCAGGCCAAGACCCUGCAGUGGAUUCUUCAUCCUUCCGAAAAGGAGGUUCCGCUGACUCGCCUAGUCUGUCCCGAGACUGGGGCAAAGACGGAAGCCAAGCCCGGGAAAGGAGUCAGAGUCGGCCCCGAACCCGGAGUCGGAGCCGGAACUCUGAUCGCCACCAAAGCUUGUACUCAUCAUCCUCAGAGUUUGGUUCUCAGCAAGCGACCGCCAUAUCAGCGCCAGCUCCUGUGAUCUCUGCAACCAGCAAGCCCGAGCUUGACCUCGAGAAAGGUCAACCACAGCCAGAAGUUUAUCGAGCGAUCAUCGUCACACCUCCACCAUCACCGCCAGAGCAGGCUGCCGACGCCAGUGAUCAUCCGAUAACGAUCAGGGCCAAAGAUGACGAUGCUGUCCCUCCAGAUCCCCAUCCUCCUGCACCCCUGCUCCUGGAACCGACGCUCUCAGCUCCCCCCGAAAUUCCGGACUCAGCCUACGACCGCUUCCCGCGACAUCGCAAAAUUAUCAUGGUGGCUUUGCUAUCUUUCUGCUCUUUCCUGGCCCCUGUGUCCAGUACAUCGGUAUUGGCGGCUACCCCUGAGGUAGCAAGUGAGUAUGGGACAACAGGUAGCGUGGUCAAUGUGGUGAACGCCAUCUAUAUGUUGAUGAUGGGAGUUAGUCCUGUUGUUUGGGGUCCCUUAAGUCAAGUAUACGGUAGGAGGAGGGUCACCGCCGUGCUCUUCUUUGGAUGCAGCAUUGGGACAGCCUUGGCCCCGAAUCUAGCUGCUUUCUUUGUCUUCCGAGUUUUGACGGCAUUCGAAGGAACCGCCUUUAUCCUCGUGGGGUCAGCAUGUAUAGGAGAUAUCUAUCGUCCAACAGAGCGCGCCACGGCCUUGGGAUGGUUCCUCUCCGGGACACUGAUCGGUCCAGCUCUAGGUCCCUUUAUCGGCGGCAUCAUCGUAACCUACACUUCUUGGAGAGUCAUCUUCUGGUUACAAACAGGUCUAUCAGGGCUUGCAGCCUUAUUCACCUUAACCCCUUUGCUCCCCGAAACUAUCUAUUACCGCCGGGCCGAUGAGUUAGCAGGCUUCAGCCGCAGACAACAAGCCCGCAUCCUCUGGUCCCUCAUCAACCCCAUCCGCGUCCUGCGUCUAUUCGUCUACCCCAACCUGCUCCUUGCAAGCCUCGCUUCCUCGGCCGUCAUCUGGAACAUGUAUGGCUUGCUGACGCCUAUCCGCUACGUUCUCAACCCUCGCUUCAACCUUACGACUCCGAUGCAGUCCGGCCUGUUCUACCUUGCUCCUGGAACGGGAUACCUCGUGGGCACGUUAAUUGGUGGCCGGUACGCAGACCAUGUGGUGAAGCGAUGGAUCAAAAAGCGUGGAGGCGUCCGUGUGCCUGAAGAUCGCCUGCGUUCUGCGCUGCCCUUCAUGGGAGUUAUCAUUCCCGGAUGUGUGUUGGUGUAUGGAUGGGGUGUGCAGAAGGAAGCUGGAGGGAUUCCUCUCGCAGUUGUGACACUCUUUGUGCAGGGAGUUGCCCAGCUGUUCUGUUUCCCGAGUCUUAACACAUACUGUCUUGAUGUCAUGCAGGGCAGGGGCGCUGAAGUCAUUGCUGGGAACUACUUUGUACGAUACUUGUUUGCGUGCGCCGCUACCGCGUGUGUGCUUCCGGCCGUCGAAGGUAUCGGGGUCGGGUGGUUUUCCACUAUUACAGCGGUGUUUCUGAUAGCCAGUAGCGCAGGCAUUGCAGCGACUGUCCGUUGGGGCAAUGACUGGAAGCAAUGGGUAGACAAUAAGCGGCGCGAGAGGAGGAGGGCAAGGAGGAAACAUAUGCAGUAG